AUGAAUGACUAUGAUUUAAAUGGGAAAAAUAAAUUAACUGAGAUGAAUGUAUUACAGCAUGAAAUGAAUGAUUUGAAUAUAAAUGAUAAUGUUCAUAAUGAAAAUGAAAAUAAUCAAACAGAAAAUGAUUUAAAUGAAGUGAAAGAAGUUUUAAAUUGUAACUUUUGCAAUAAACAUGUAUAUCCAAUAGUUGAAAAAUAUACACCAAUGUUCGUUUAUAUAAUAGUUUUAUUAUUGUUUAUUUUUAUUUCUUUUUUUACAAUUUUUUUAUUACCACUUUUAUAUUUAACUUUUAAACAAAAAAAAUAUUCUUGCCCCUUGUGCAAAAAAAAGAUAACAUCUCCAGAAAAAAUAUUUAAAAUAAAGAAGGAAAAUCAAAUAUUAACUUUUCAAUUUCCUAAAUGUGCCAUUAUUAUAUCAGUAAAAUAUUUGAUAUUAUUUUUGUCUUUAGUUUUUCUUAUAUUUCUAUUUUACAUUAUAAGAAAAACAAGUGAUUUCAAUUUAGAUAAUUUGGCAAAAGGACCAUAUAUAAAAGCAUCAUGGAUAGAAUAUCUAGAAGAUUGUGGUAAUAAAUCUCAAUUCAGAAAUAAAUUUUAUAGUAUUCAUAAUUUUAAGGAGAAAUAUUACGGUAAUACUAUAAUAUGGAGAGGACGUUUUCAUCAUAUAAAAGAAGGUUUUUUUAAUAGUAAUUCUUUAUUUAUAAGAAUGAAUCCAUCAGAAUACAGAUAUGAUAAACCAGAUAUACGAGCACUUUUUAACAAUUCAUUAAUUUCACAAAUUGAAAAUUUGCAAAAAAAUGAUUUUAUUGAAUUUGAAUGUACAUUGUUAGAAAUAAGCAAAAAUAGAAGCUCACAUUUAUGCUUACUUUGGAAUGUAAUUCUGUUAGAAAAAUUUGAACCAAAAGAUUUUAAUGUAGUUGAUUUUAUUAAACAUUUAUCUAUAUUAGAUAUGAUUAGUAAUAAUACUAAUUCAAAUCCCUUUUUUAUUAAUCUAGAUGAUAAAAAUAAUAAUGCUAGACGUUCUAUAAAAAUAGUACAUUUUUCAAAUAAUGCUUAUAAAAACCCUAAUUCAAUUCAUGACACUGAUCAGCAUAUGUUUAAUUUACUAAAUAAUGAAAUGAAUAAUUUAAAUAGUGAUAAUUCAUACAUUGAUCAAAUUAAUAAAAAUCCUAGUUUCACUAAUAAAAAUACGGAUGAUGAAGAUGAAUAUGAUGAAGAUGAUAUGUAUGAAGAUAAUUCCGAUUCAAACAAUUUCAAUCAUAAUGAAUUUUUUGAUAACCCUGAUUAUGAAAAAGCAUAUAAUUUUGAAAGAGAAUUUAAAAAAGAAAAAGAUGAUAAUUCAAACUAUGAAGAGGACAAUGAAAAAAUAUAUCAUAAAAAAAAAAUCAACAUAGAUAUGAAUGAAAAAAUAAAUGAGAAAAUAGUAGAAGAUAUUAAUGAGAAUUUGAAAGAAAAAAAUGAAGAAACAAAUGAUGAAAUGAAUAUAAGAUUGAAAAAAGAAAAAAAUGAAGAAAUGGAUGAACAACACUAA